UCUUUACUGGGAUCCAACUACUUUUUGUAGACAGUUUGGAUUUAAACGUCUUUAUUUUACAGUGUUCUUGGUUGAUUUUUUUGUGGAUCAGUGGCGAAAAGAUGAAAUACAUUAUAGGAAUUGGCGGCGUCACUAAUGGUGGUAAGACCACCCUGACACAGAAGUUGAUCAAGACGUUACCCAACAGCUGCGUUGUGCAUCAGGAUGAUUUUUACAAGAAACCAGAUCAGAUAGAAGUCGGGGAGGACGGCUUUAGACAGUGGGAUGUGAUCACAGCUUUGGAUAUGGAGGCCAUGACGAGCACGAUAAAGGGCUGGUUGGAAAAUCCUGUGAAGUUCGCCCGCUCUCAUGGAGUCAUUUUAUCUCCGGCUUCUGAAAUGGCUGACCCUGAGGAGCAGAUCCACAUCCUGAUUGUAGAAGGGUUCCUACUCUACAACUACCCACCCCUGCUAGAUGUUUUUGACAAGUGCUAUUACAUCUCUAUCCCCUAUGAAGAGUGCAAGAGGAGAAGAAGUACAAGACAGUACACCGUGCCGGACCCUCCCGGUCUGUUUGACGGCCACGUGUGGCCCAUGUACCUGAAGCACAGGAGAGAGAUGGAGGCCACCGGUUUGAACAUUGCAUACCUGGAUGGUUUGAAAACAAGGGAGGAAAUCUACCAGCAGGUGUACAUGGAAAUCCAUAACACCUUGCUCAAUCGUUUAUAGCAUGAAGCUUCAUCUCCAUCCCUGUACAAAGCUGUAAAUAAUCCCAGCACUUGUUUUUUUACAGCAUGUUUUUAAUUUUAUUAUUUCUUUGUAAAUAGACGAAAGCAUUGUUAACGUUUCACUGACUUUGUCAUCACAACUUCAGUCUGAUAUCUUCAGGGAUUUUUUUGACCAGAUCGUUAAUAUGUUGUCAUUAUUUUGAACCAAUACGUGUUGU